UUUUGUCCGUCUCUUUGUAUGCUUCUCUCUCAUUGAUGAGUAGCUGUUUGGGACUGGAUGAGCCCAAAAUUCAACACCCAUAAAAGAAAUAAAAGUUUUCAAGUGUUUUACUUCGCGUUAGCUACUUCUUUCUUCUUUCUUCUCUCUCUCUCUCUCUCUCUCUCUCUCUGACUUCUCUGACUUCCACCACCAUCCCCAUCUCUCCUACCACUGCUUUGCCCAUAAUUAUACACCGCUUUCUCACUCUCCCUCUCUUCCUGAUCUUAUCUCCAUUUAUUUCUCUUUUAGUUCCUCUUACCCACUCCAUUUCUGGCAUAAAAAACUUUUAAGAGCCCGCUUACACUUUUAGUCUUCUGGUACUCAUUCAAACUCUCCUAAGUGGAAUUAUCACUGAGGCAUCGUCUGCAACUUCGAGAUACUAUUAACCGGUACAUAAACAUUGUUUGCGAGGCAGAAGAUCAUGUCUUUGUAUCCUAGGCCCACAAUCUCUCAUCUGGUUUCAACAACAGAUGGAGCCUACAUGUGAGCUCUUAGAAGAUGGCCUAAACAUGAAGAGACUUAAAAAUAAUUGCUAAGUAUGAAACAGAGUGCCCUUGAGCUACUUAAGCUUAAUGACAUAUAAAGGUUAACUGAAGAGUUCACCAGCUGCCCAUUAGCAGGUGAAUUGGAAGCUUAAUAACUAUUUGGGAGUUCUUCAUUUUUUGGUUAUUCACAUAGAAGGAAACAAGUUUUUUGAAUUCUGUGUCCCAUACAAACAUGAUAAGACCAGACUUCAACUUGGAAGCAGAGAAUGAUUCAGAAGUCAGCAGCCAAGUGGCCUCCAACAUAGCUUUGCAAGACGCAUCCCCUGAUCCAUCAUCGAAGGACAGCACCACCACUUCUUCGUGUCUCACAAAUCUCAAUAAACUGCAACAAGAUUCGGGUCGGGUUUCCCUUGACUUGACGCUACAGUUCAGCUCCAGCAGCAUCGAUGAAGAACUGAAAGCCAGGGUUUCAACUAGUAAUGAAGUUGCCACCCACAAUUCAAUGCCUACAGCUCCAAGAGUUUUCUCAUGCAAUUACUGCCGGCGCAAGUUCUACAGCUCACAGGCACUUGGUGGUCAUCAAAAUGCUCACAAGAGGGAAAGAACAAUGGCGAAGCGUGCAAUGCGGAUGGGAAUUUUCUCUGAUAGGUAUACAAGCUUGGCAUCUCUACCACUUCAUGGCUCUGCAUUUCGUUCCCUUGGGAUUGAAGCUCAUGCUGCUGUACAUGAAAGAAUCACACCGUCUGAUCAGAGGCCGCCAGAUAACACAGUAGGUGUUGCAAGGUUUCAGCAAGGAUAUUUCGGACUGCCAAUGUUCAUGGAAGAUGAUGAUGUUGGUCUGUUUUGGCCUGGAAGUUUUCGACAGGUGGGCGAGGGAAUGAAUGGCGGUUUGGAAAUUCAAUUUGCUCAAAAUUCAGAUAUGAAUGCUGGAACAACGAUGCCGUCGACGAAUACAAGUUCGUCGUCUUCGCCUGAUCUUACAUUAAAGCUGUAAGAUUUUUCAUUCAAAAUUAUAUUUUUCUUCUAGAAAAUGCUGCCAGUUACAGUGUUAACUUUGUACAGCUGAGAUAUUUAAUUUGCAUCGGCGGUAAGCUCUUUCAUAUUCUAAUUACUGGGUUUUGGGUUAAUUUGCUUCUGAUUAUGUAUAAGAAGUUUAGGAGGAUGAAAAUGGUGGUUGGUAAAGCUUGUGUUGGAAUAAUUUAUCAAGCUCUCUCUCUCUCUUUCAA